CUCCUAUUUCAAAACAAUUUAUAUUUUCUACUUAAGAACUGUAUCGAUUUCAGAGCGCGAAAACAGUCUUGCUAAAAACCUACAACCUAUAAUAGUUUUAUUAUAAAAAAUGUUGUCACAUAUGACGUUACAUCGUCAACUUACAAUUACAACAACAAUCAGAUUGAUUCUGCUGUCAUUCGGUGUAUUAGCCAAGCGUGCCCGUAACUCAGUACAGGAUCCUUUAGUGUUUAUUGAGAAUCCAGUGGAAGCAGAUAUGCCUGGGCACUGGAUGCCUUUGAGUAUUGUUAAGGUUAUCCUAGAAAAGAAAACUCCACAGCCACCACCGAAGAAAAUGACAUUGAAGGGCACACUGCCUUCAACAACCACAGAGGUUAUAACGACCAUUACAACAAAAGCAUCAACUACUCCAGAAGAAAUAACUACACCAGAGGCUACAACUACUGAAGAGGUAACGACUGUGGAAGAUACUACGACAGAAGCGCCAUCUACAGAAGCUGCAACGACAGAAGCGUCAACGACAGAAGCGUCAACGACAGAAGCGCCAACGACAGAAGCGUCAACGACAGAAGCGACAACGACUGAAGCGACAACGACCGAAGCGACAACGACCGAAGCAACAACGACAGAAGAAACGACGACAGAAGCACCAACGACAAAAGCAACUACAGCUGGUGGACGACAGACGCCAAAAAGAAACAAACCAAGGGACGAUGUUAACAACAUACCUGUGUAAAAUGACUGCUGAAAUAGAAAUUCGCGUGAAAGUCAAGUGAUUUAUGCUUACGUUUUUGGUUUUACCACAAGAACAUACUUGGUUCCAAAGAUAUUAUAACAGAAAUCAAACAUGAGCGUAAGAUAGAUACUUACAAUAAUAACUAGUGUUAAUUAUUUUCGUUUAAUGAAUUAAUAAAAGGAUCCUAUGGCUUAA